UUGAAAUAGAUGGUUCGCCAGUUUCGAUCAAAGUGUCUUGAGGCUGAGAUGAUCUCAGGUAGAAGGUGACAUUCUUUCAGGAGGAGGCUCGUCGGAGGCAAUCAUCCAUCCUACCCGAAUCCGAGCGACCUGCUGUAUACUCACGGGUCACAUCUUGUGCUCUUGAUCAUGAUGCAGAAUGUGUCACUGAGAUAUUAGUGAGAAGGAUUUGCAGGAAACCCGACCUACAACAAAUAUACCUUGACCUCCUCCUCUCCGAGUACAAUCGAUGGAAAGCUAGUGGCUUACCCAUGGGACAUGCCUCCUCCUUAUCCAACAAAUUCGGCAAUCCUCUCAUCUUCUGCUUCAGUUUAUGUUCCGUCGAAAUUUGGGCUUUUAGCUGAGAAUCUUGUUCAAUCCUGGACACCUCAAUAUCUUGAGUGGAGGAUGAAAACCUGCCAUGUUGAAACGGGUCCCAGUAAUGUCACUGAACAAUUUGUUUUAGGGUAUUGUAAGUCUCACUCCCUGCUUCAAGAGGUAUGUCAACCACCAUGCUUGGACCUUCUCUCUGAGGCUAGCCCUGUCAAGAUUAAGGAUGGAAAUCUUGUGGCCAGUGCAUCCUUAGAGGCGGCACUAAAUUUGGCAUUGGAGAACAUGAGCUUGCAGGAGACACCACAGUAACAUUACCGUAGAGAAAAACCAAACAAGCUUUAGGAAUUAACUUGUUUUCUUUUUUAAAUUGGAUGGAUGUUGGAACUUUGUUUGUUGAUGCUAGAACUCUUAUAAAAUAUUAUCCUC